AAAACAAUAAUUCACAAGAUUUUCUUAAUGAAAUUGUUAAAGAAUUAUGUAAUCUGUAUAAUGAAGAAAGUUCUAAAUACAAAAGUGAUGAAUUAAUUUUAGAAAUAUUAGAACAAUUCCUAGCCGAAAAAAAUCAAAAUCCAGAUAAUAUUAUCAAUUGGUGCUUAAAUGAUGAAAUAAAUCCUACGGUUUAG